ACCAGUUCAGAUACGUACCCUGGGUGAACCUGACAGGAUGCAGGAGGCCAACUGAGCUACAGUUUUCAAACCCACAGGAACUCCUCCUCUACCAUGUCCUGAGAACAAAGCCUCCUCCAGUCAUGUUGAUAAGAUGGAUCUUCUUGUACAGCCUUCUAGUAAGGCUGGCUCAGAGCAACAAUACAGAUUCUGAAAAGUCUGCAAACACCACCACACCUUCAUCUAAAAUUCUAGAUGCCUCUACUAAGUCAAAAGAACAUGGAAAAAACAAGACAUUGCACAUUCUUUAUGCUUCAGUACCUGUGGGCCUAUGUUGUCCAUUCAUCUUCAUAUGCGUGUUUUGGAGUCUAAGGAGGUACUAUGGAAAGCAUAAGAGAACUCCAUCAACACCACAGAGACAAGAGAGCCAGGUCAGAAGCCCAUCAGCUCUUCCAUCUCAUGCUCCUGGGACAACUCCAGCUACAGAUGAAAGCUCUUCACUUUACUGCUCCAUGUCUAGCCCAUCUCAGCUCUUGACUGUCAACAGGAUUUAUGACAGUGUUCCUCACUGUAAUGCUCAGGAGACAGCAUCUAACUCACCUUCUAAUGAUCCUUCCACCCCAGCUUCACUUGAAAGCCAAGAUGUCCUGAUAUAUGCCUCACUAAACCAUUCUGCUUCUACAAAUAAAUACCAGAGAAGGAAACUCUCUAUGGAAAAUGAAUGUAUAGAAUAUGCUUCUAUUAAGCUAAAUAAAUAAAUAUGGCAGACUUCACCGAACAG